CCGUCCUUUGCUUCCGGGAUGUGGAAGUCUGGAGGCGAGCCUGUUGGCGGACUGGAACUGGGUGAGUCGGACGCCGAUGUCAACGCGUCUUUGUACUCUGACGGAUCCUCGCUAUGAGUUGACAUGAAGAAUUGUAAUAUACGUUGUUGUCAGUGUUGAUGUAGCUCGGGUAAUGAUGGCAAGUCUUUUAACCAGAGCAAAUCUCCUUGGCGUUCGGUCAAAACGUGCGCCCACAACGGUUUUUAUAGGCGUCUAUACGGGCGUUUGCACCUUUACCACUACCUCCCAACUCCGUUAGCAAACGGAACUUUCACCCAACUUGAACGCUCUUUUUACAUGACUUUCGAACGCCGGAAGCUGAAACGCUGACCUUCUUACUUGACUAUCAUAUAUAAGGGCUCACAGCUUUGCAAGCUGUCUGAGGUUGUCCCUGCCACUCCGAUGAUAUCCUCAUCUUCUACCUCUGCUGCCCCGCAGUCCUACCUCUCUUCCUCCACUUCAUCAUCCACGGCCUCGCCAAGCUUGUCCAACCACGAAGAGCUGGAAGACAUACCAUUUAGUGAUUCUGGUUUCGAACCGCCACGCAAACGCCAGAGGACACGAACGAUUCACUCCAAUGGACCCUACGAAAUGCAAAGACGGAGAAUACUCGUCUUUUACCUUUCAUUCUGAGUCGGAGAACCAGGAUGUCACGUUGCAUCGGGACGAUAGGUUCUACUUGCCGGAUGCGGACUGUGUCAUUCGUGUUGGGGACACUCUAUUCAAGAGACGCUAUACCUGCUGGGGCUGAGGGUCUUCAUCUUGCGGAUUUUUCUAUUCUAACCUAGGACCUUGGAACUGUGAUAAUUCAUAUCUAUAGCGCAAUAUCUAACCUACCUACCAUAGGUCCACAAAUUCCUCCUUGCUCGAGACUCGUCCGCAUUCCAGCAUAUGUUCACCUUGCCUCCCGACCACUCGCUUAAUACCAGACACUUGGCACAGGAAGGCGCAAGCGAUCAGAAUCCGAUCAUAUUGUAUGGCGAAUCUGAGGACAAUUUUCGCGUCCUCCUCGGUCUUCUUUACUCUCUACCACACGAGCUCCAGGUUUAUCAUACCGCUUCCGUCCAACUUCCACAACUUAUCACCUUGACCUCUAUCCUCAACAAGUAUCAUUUUAGCGGCACCUGCGCCUGGGCACUUUGCGCCCUCUACAACGUGCUUUCCGGCGGAUACGGUACAACACCAGCGCAAUACUCCCUCUCAGAAUGCAGCGAACGCCUAUUGGAACGCAUAGUCGAAGUAGCAUGCGUAUGUGAACACCAGGAGCUCCGAAAUUAUGUUGAAGAGCGCUGGAUGGGCCGGAUAUGGGGUCUGAACAGUGAUCCCUUGAAUGGAAAAAGAAGGGAGAAGGCAGUGAGGAGGGCUGUGCGCGUGGCGGACACUUGGGGUAUGAAACGGUUGGCGGGUGUGGCCUAUUAUGUUCUCCUGGUCGAGAUGGACGGUAAAAUCGAGCGCACGUUUUCAAUUGACCCCUCAUCCUCGGCUUCUUCAGACGAAGGGACAAACGAGGAUGAUCAAACUCCCCCACCCCUUUCCCCAGUUCAAAUCAUCCGCCUUCUCAGUGGACACAUGUCUCUAGUCUCUCUCUGGGACCAACUCCGACGCAGCGCACCGGCAUUCGCACGUCCAGACGGAUGUGUUUUCCACGUUCACGGAUGUUUGAGCGUAUGGAGUUCAGCUUGGGCAGAAGCUGCUAGGAGCGAUGUGACGUUGAAUAAAUAUCGCAGUUGUGAUAUUGUGGGACGAUUGAAGAGGAUGGAGGAACAGUUGAUGGGAAAUACGGAUUUGCAGUGUGCGUUGACUCCGGGGUGUAGACGGAAGGCGAUGUUUGCUAUUAGGGAGCUGGUAAGUAGUGUUACUGAUGGACUGGCGGGGCAUUUUGUGGACGUUGUUAACGUUGAUGAGGAAGCUAAUGCUGAUGGGGGAGAAGGUAUGGUUGUGGCCCCCGUAUAAAGUGGUGGUCAAAGACACCCGAAAUGACCAUUGUAUCCAUCUCGUUUUGUGUUUUCCCAUGUAUCUGACUAGCAAGAAUCGACAUGUACUUGUACCAUACAGAGUGUCUAUCAGUGUUUGUUGUUCUUCGCGUUCCGACAGUGAGGAUGAAUGCCGUAUACAGUAUUACAUUUCAAAUGAGAGGAUAUAGAGAAGCGAGAUGGAGCGUGGCCCUCGUAAUAGUGAUUUUGGCGACGGUGAUGACCAUCGUAGAGCGGUUGAAUGCACAAUAGAACCAUCGUUGCCUG